GGUGAGUCCAUAACCCUAAAUCCUAAAAAAGAAUAUUCACUAGCAGCCAGGUGCCUUACCAGGGAGGCUGGCACAUAAGAGAUUCCACAAAUUAGACCAUUCCAGAGGAACUCUAAGGUCCUUUAUGCUAUUCUGUGGCUCCAGUUCCCACUGGCAACUGAUAAGUUGCCCUUAUCUCUCCUAUCCUUUCCCUCCUGCAGGAUCCUGGGGGAACAAGAACAUGUCUCCUGCCAUUGCUCUGGCCUUCCUGCCACUGGUAGUGACCCUGCUGGCCAGAUACCGCCACUACUUCCGGCUACUUGUCCGGGCUGUGUUACUUCGGGGGAUUCGUGAUUGCUUGACUGGGCUACAGCCUGAGGAGCGUGCCUUCAGCUAUGUGUUGACCAAUGCCCUGCCUGGAGACCCUGGCCACAUCCUUGCCACCUUCGACCACUGGAGCAGCCACUGCGAAUACCUGGCCCAUCUGGGGCCUCUCAAAGGUCAGAUCCUGACCCGCCUGGUAACACAACAGGCCCCGGAGUGUGUGCUAGAGCUGGGGACCCGCUGUGGCUAUGCUACCUUGCUCAUUGCUCAGGCCCUGCCUCCAGGCAGCCGGGUCGUUACUAUUGAAAUGGACCCGCAGACAGCGACUGUGGCAGAAAAAGUCAUCCGGCUGGCAGGCUUGGAUGAGUGCAAGGUGGAGCUGAUUGUGGGGCGCUCUGAGGAGGUGAUCCCCUGCCUAAAGGCCCAAUACAGACUGCGUCAGGCUGACCUGGUGCUUCUGGGGCACCGGCCUCGCUGCUACCUGCGGGACCUGCAACUCCUAGAAGCCCAUGCUCUGCUGCCUGCUGGUGCCACUGUGCUGGCAGAUCACGUGCUCUUCCCUGGGGCACCACGCUUCCUGCAGUACGCCAAGGCCUGUGGUCGAUACCGCUGUCGCCUCCACCACACUGGACUCCAGUACUUCCCUGCCAUCCGUGAUGGGGUGGCCCAACUCACUUACUUGGGGCCAGGCUGAGGAAGGUCCAUCUUGUUAGGCUCAUAGCAUGGAGAGUUGGAAAGGGCCCCCCAGACUCUCAUUUACCGAGGAGAAACCUGAGGCCAAGACUGGGAUCUGCACCCGAGUUUUCAGCCUCCAGAUUCAACCGUCCGCUUACUCUGGUAUGCUACCUUUGGCCACACGCUACAGUAGAUAGUGCACUACCUGCUACAGGAGACUCUGGGAGAGAGACUGAGGGCCAUAGGUGGCAACUGAGAAGGCUCUCUCACCAUUCUCUCUGCUUCUCCUCCUUUGUCCGGUCAGGGUUUCCUAUCCCCCAGCUACCUGGCCCCACGAAGGCCUAGGCUCAGCUUUGCCCCGUGGCCCUCAUAGGGGUUGGGAGGGAGGAAGGAAAGAGGCCAAGAGGAGGGGAGAUCAAAGUAGAAAGAGCACCAGGGGAGAGAAACAAAACUGAACUUGGAGUGAAGAGAUCCAGGUGUGAGUCCCAGCUCUAAUGCUAGCUGGGUGACCUUAAACAAGUCACUUCACUCUCUGAGACUGUUUGCAUAUCUGUAAAAUGGAAUAAUACC